GGGGGUCAGAACCCUGUCAGGAUUCCGGCGGUCAACACUACAACCAGACUCGCGGCGCCACCCCUAGGCCAGGUAUUUGGCAUAACCACGAGAACACUGUGGCUUUAAGCGGAGGUCGGGGCCGAUAGUACUACGUCGGAGGCACGCGCCGGCCUCCUCGCAGCCCCUCACACCGCUCAGCCAUGGUUCGCGAUAAGAAACCACAGAAGACCGACUCGCAGAAAUCGAGUACGAACUUGGUAGGCAAGUUCACACAGAGCGUCCGCCGAAUAGUACAAGACGUCAAAGAUGAAGGAACCUCCAGCGGUCAGACUAAAGAAGAGGUCAUUGAGACGAACGAGCGUCUCCGUGCAGUCAGGGUGCGCCUCGACGAGAACUACGACAUAGCCAAAAAGGCCCUAGUCACGCUAAUGGCCAGAUACAGCGAGUCUAAGUCACAACGCAACGUCUUCACCAGAUACGCAUUACUCAAAGCCAUGAUCAAGGACGUCAUCCGCUUGGAAACCCAGUAUUGGUCGUUGGUAGAAAUUCCCCGUCAGGAGAAGGCAGAAACUGUUCCCGCUUUUGUACUUCGUGCUUGUGCCAUCAUGGAAAAAACCCAGAAAUCGGGGGAAGGUGUAAAAACUUCUCAGAAACUGGCAGAAGAAGCUGCCGAUCGAAGGGAGCGGAUAGAGCGUCUGAACGAUAUGACAACAUCUCAGAUAGAAACCGAGAACACUCAAAUGACUAACGAUCUGUACCGUCUACUCAAGAAAUACACAGGCCUGAGGAAUCUCAUCAGAGAAUUAAAGUCGGAAUACAGCAGCUCGAAGGUGUACCCCAUGUUCCCGCGGUACACAAUGCUCAAGGACAUGAUCAAGGACAUCAUGCAUGACCCCGACUACAUGGAGGUCUGCCAUGAGGUGGACCCAUAGCGCGGGGUCCGCAAA